UUUUUUAGCAAUAUGUAAACAAUAAUUACUAACAAUUUAAGUAAUCCGAUGCAUCUAACAUUUUCCCACAGUGUAAAUAUAAGGCGAAAAGAUAAUUUUGUAUUGAUGGUCAUUUUGGACGUCAGACGGAACCAUAUAAUUGCAGUGAUACCAAAGGUAUUAUGAAGUGAACACAACUAUGAAUAACAGGAAUAAGCGAGCUCGACUGGAGUUGUCUUUGGCACCGGCAACUAUUGAUGUUGGCACCAUUAAUAGCUGUUCUGUGAAUGCAACUGAUAUAGCGUCCAGCAUUGGUGGCACGUCAAAUAUCUUUUUGGGUAAUACUUCGAAUGCAAGUGUCAAUAGUACUAGUUCGGUUAAUAUGUUACCCACAAACGUAUUUCUUACAAUCUGUGAUGAGAACUCAAAUGAAUCGCAGGAAUAUCUGGCCAUUGGCAGUACUCUGACACCGAUUAAACAAGAACAUGCCGACACUUUAUGCAGCAGUAGCACACAGGCCACACAAACCUUGCCAUUGCAAUAUCGCCUUGUCAAUCAAAUACAACGUCAACCACACAAUAUCGAUAAUAUUAACAACAGCAGCAUCGUUAAUAAUGGUGCAACUACGACUUUUAAUGCUGCGCUGCCAAUGCAUCUACCAAACGGUUGCGAAAUUUAUAUAGUCAAGGAGUAUGUAGACAAUGUGCCCACCAUUCUCACAGAUGAAAGUGAGUUAUUGCAAGGAUCAAGUCCGCCAGCGACCGACACAACAGAAACAAUUAAAUUAGAGCCGGACUCUUGUGUAACAUCCACAGCAUGUGCUAGUACUGCUACUUCCACAACCACCAUCAAUGACGUGCAAAUUCUGCGUAAUACACCACAGCACCAUAUAAGCGCUAAUAAGUCGGCCAAUGUCACUGCCGAUGGGCGGACAAAUGCAAAUAGAAAUACCACAGCGGCAGCAAGCAUUAGCGUUCCAGACACACAAGGCAAUAGUACAAAGCGCAGUUGCAUAUUAGAGGCGUAUAAAAAGCGUGAUGAUAAACGCCGUGCAACUCAUAAUGAAGUUGAACGACGGCGACGUGAUAAAAUAAACAACUGGAUUUUUAAACUGAAAGAAAUGCUGCCGACCGAUGGCGUUAACAAUAAUAACAAUAAUCAACAAAUUGGCAUGGUGGAACAAUUGACAACAAAAACCAAUGCUAACACUAAUCCUAGUAAUAACAACAGCAACAGCAGCAAUCGAACGCCGCCCAAUGAUUCCAAGUCACAAAUACUAAUCAAAGCUUGCGAGUAUAUCAAAACCAUGCAGGACGAGAUAAAGAGUCUGCGUGAGUGCCUUAGCGAAAAUGAGAACCUUCGUCUGAGUAAUCAGCGUUUACAAAAUGAAUUAACGAAAUUGCAGCGCGACCAUGUAGCGAACGAAAGGGCCAAUUUGCACACGCGCAAUUUCAAUAACAAUUUCAAUAUAACCUUAAACAGUUUAAAUAGCAAUAAUAGCAAUGGUAGUGGUGGUGGUGGCAGCGCCAGCAGUAGCCCUGGUGGCACUGGCAACAGCAUUUUCGCCGCCCUCAAUAUACCAUCACACACAAGCAACGCGAAUACGUUCACGAAACGCGAGUUAAUCAUACGAGAUUAUGUCGAUUAGAAUUUUAGUCAUUUGUUAUUUUUUUUUUUUUACUUAAAUAACUGUAUCGAAGUGAUGCUACAAAUGUUCAACUGUCGGGCCAAAACUUCUGCAGUGCUAAACGAGUUUUUAUAUACAUUUAUGUAUACAAAUUUAUUAAUUACUUUACUGACACAACACUCACUACAUAUUUCUCCAUACGAGUUUAAAGAAUUUACUAUUUCACUAUUAUUGUUAACAAAGUAUGCCGUUUGUAAUAAUAUAACUAAAAUUAUAUAAAAAAAUUACAUAAGUAGGUACUAUACUCUCUACAACUAUCGACAUGAAAUGUGUAAUUAAACUUAAAGCUCUAGUUACUAUGUGCUUCUCUAAUACAUAUUAUAUGCGCUUCCUCUAAUUAGUGCAAAAAGCUGAGUUACUGACGCUUUCGUUUACUCUUACUCUAUAACUCUCACAGAAAUAUAAUAUACAUAUAUGCUAAAGUUAGGCAUAUAAAAUCACUUGUUGCAUAAAUUUAAGAAAAAAUUAAAGUGUUAUAAGCAAAAUAUACAUGCAUAUGUAUAAAUGUAUGUUAUGAAUUAUGCAAAGCAUAAAUAUUUUUUUAAUUUUGUUAUAUAAGUUGAAUGUGCAAUUUAUGGAAUUUAAAACGAUUUAUCAGGGAUAAUUUUUAAGUUUAAUUUUUUUAAGAUUUUAAUAUUUAAGUUGACAAAACAGAUGCUUAACU